CACGUAUUCAUGGUCACGUUUCUAACAAUCAACAAGACUUCUUUCCUAUAAUUAUCAAGCUAUUGCCGAUGAUUGCAACGAGAAGGCCAAUUGUCGGCUUCUAUUGUCUCGUCAACGGAGUUCUUGAGGAGUCGUCAAAUCUCUAAUUACUUCUACCGUACACCCCCCUUCAACCGUGCAUCCAUCACACGCCUCCCUCCCAUCAUCAUCCACCAUUUACCAACAACAAUCCAUCCGUCCUUCUUAAUAUCAACUCUAACCUGGCUUUUCCAUCACUGGCCGCCAUUCCAAUCAUUCCCCCCGUGACUCUCACCUUUGAGGGUCACGUCCAACCCCGGUGCGAAAUCAUCACAUUGCUGGACCCGCUCGCAGAAUGUCCAGAAAUGGCGAUGAAGGCGGCUCUCGUGCAGGUCACGGGCCAAACACCUCGACAUCAUCACGCCCGCGUCUGAUCGUCAAACUCCCCGUCCCCAGUCUCCGCAACCUGAGCAUCUUCUCUCACCCUUCCACUAAUUCACACGCCGCCGCCGCCGCGCCCUCGGCCUUCCCGGCGGCCCCCCCAGCAAACGCUCCCAAGCGCAGAGGCCGCCCGCCCAAAAAUCUGCACAGGCCGGACUACGCGCCGCCUCCGCCGAAACCAAAGGUAUCUGAUCUCCCCAAGCCCCUCGCCACGCGCUCGAGCAAGCGCAAGGCUGCUGAGAUGAGUGGGGAGCCUGGGGGUCCCGGGGAUUCGGUUACGGGUGACGGGGAUGAGGAUUUUGACGGUAACCAGCCACCGCGCAAAAAGUCACGCUCGCUGUCGCAGGUUCCGCCGAUGAGGAUUUCGACUAGGAAUAGAGGGCGUAGACAUUCGAAUUCGGAGGUCGCUAAUCAUGAGGGGGCCGAGGAAAUCACUAAUGGUCACGUUACGCCGGCUGCUUCGCUGCACAAGGAGUCGUCUCAAUCUGAACGGGAAAUUCAGGUUGCUAGGACUUCAUCACGUGCUAGGAAGCAAGAGAACUUAACGUCGAGCAAUGAGCUCAUGGCUUCUAUUGAGCCUCAUGAGCGCCUUGAGAGAGAUGGAGGUGCUCUGGGUGUAACUACGAGAGCUGGUGCUAGAACCAGAUCUACAUCAACCAAAGCACAUGCGGCUACCCAGGAUUACGAUACCAUUAUAUCUGUUGUCGCUACUGAAGAAGUAUUGGAUGCCGUCAACGGUGAAGCUGACGGCAUUCAAUCCGACGCCGGCACUCCUCUUAAACCCAGAGGCCGGGGUCGCUGGCCAAACGGGGCUAUCAAAGCCAAGGCAAUGGUAGCAGCGCUUUCCAAGAAAGCUGCAUCAAAGAAAAAGGGUGCACCGGGAAAGAGAAAGACUUCUGAUGAUGCAGUCGUGCAAGCGGUUUACGACAGGCAAGCACAUUUGAGGUCAUCAUAUAAAGACCUCCGCAAGAUCAUCAUAAGAGCCGAGCAGGCGCUGCUUGAUCGUGCACUAGAGGAAUUGGAAGAGGAUCCGGAGCGCCACAAGAAGACGCCGUAUUAUGAGAAUGUAAUGAAGGGUCUCGACGCGCGCCAUACCAAGGUGUUGGCGCAGAAUGAGCGGAAGGACCGGUUGAAGCGUGAUUUGUUGGAGAGGCGGUUUGAGGCCAAUGUGGCCAGCACGUGGCAGCAGCAUAAUCUGGAGGUCAAGGAAUUGCAGGAGAAGUAUGAGAUGAUUUGCAAGCGCGCUAUUAUGGAAGUCUUGAAGCAGGCAGCUCGUGACGACGACGAUGCUGCAACUGUUACUGAGAUUGAGACACUGGAUCCUGCCCAUGUAUCAGCUGUGUUGGAGGGCGCGGAAGAAAAUGAAGCAGAAGAGGUAGCCACGCCUGUGGAACUUGAGAUCAAGAAACCUGUGCCGAGGGGAAGAAAGAGCGCCAAAAAGCGUAUUGCGGACGAUGAGCCGCUUGGAAGGCGGGUCGCGCGGCGCCACGCACCUGCUAUGCUUUCUGCUACUACGCAGGGUGGAGAAGAUUCAGAGGCAGAAGUGGCUCCUGAAGCGCCUCUGAUUAUCACAACGCCGAGCCGACAAAGAAAUAAGUACCAGUUUGACGAGUAUGGCGUUUGCGUCCCAACUGAGUCCAAGAAGGGGGCUCAGAAGGAAGAGCCGAAUAACAGGGCUGUUGUCAGACCCUGGAUUACGUUUACGAAUGAUGAGAUUGGCCUCCGAAACUAUCCUGAGGAGAUCAAAGAAACCAACAGAGGCCCAAUACCGAGUGGCUAUAUUCACCUUGACCAGUUCAGAGGCAUAUAUGAUAUUUCAGGUAGGGCCGAAGACUACGAUGGGGACCUUAUCAACAGACACCUUCUCCAUCCGAGGAUGGGUCUUCCUGUUCCUGGCUCCAUCAACCCCGAUAACGCUGUACCCUCCACGGACUGGACAAAGGUCCUGAAAAACACGCCUGCGCCCAUCUUCAUUCGCGAUGAAGAAUAUCCCGAGGGACAGUCCACAUCCAAGUCUUGGAAUAUAAUCAUGACUGAGCGAAAGUGGAAGGAACUUGAGAGGCGUAUGGAUGCUGGGAUGAGCUUGAGGGUUGGCUUGGGCAGGACGGGAUUGGCCACGUUCGAUGCGAUUGCGCGGGAUAAGGAUCUGCAGGGAGAUAUGAUCGAGGAUAUUCUGGCCGCGUCGCAGAUUAUCGAGAAGGAGCUCACCGAGAAAUUACAGCGCUCAGAGUCUCCCGAAAAGAAGGAUGCUACUCCAACAGUCGAGGAAGCUGCUCCUAUCGAGCGACUCCCGACACCAGACACGGCAAAGUUACUCCUCCUCGCCGAUGCCAUCGAGAUGUCAAUCCUAGAACCCAAAGUCCACUCACCACCCCCACCACCACCACCCCAACCCCUCCGCCGCUCCAGCUUCCAACAAGCCCCACCAGCGCAGCAAGCCCCACCAGCGCAGCAAGUCCCACCAACCCCAAGAACCCAAGCCCAAAUGCUCAGCAUAGCAUUCAUCAACAACCCCAGCCCCAGCCACAACGCCCUCCCGCCCCUCGCGCCACAAGUGCCGCAGCAGCAGCAGCAGCAGCGCCCCUACCCCGGCCCCGUCAUGAUGGCCGCCCCGCCUCAUCAACCACCACCCCCGCCUCCACCGCGGAACUUGCAAAUGCAAUACCCCCCAUCCAACCACACCCCCCCGCCUCCUUCUACGGGCCCUCAAACAGCCCCCUCCGCACAUCGCGCUCCUCUUCGGGACUGCGCAAUAUCCUCCCGCGCGCGAUCCCCAAUGAAGUACCAGCAACCACCGCCUCCACCGCCACCGCAGCAGCAGCAGGCGCCACAGCAGCAGCAUCAUAUGCCGCACGAGCACCAGAGGUUUUACGAGGCGCCUGUGCAGUUGCCGCCGUAUUUGGGCGAGCAACAGCAGCAGCAGUAUGGGGGUGUGUAUAGACAGGUUGCGCCGAGGCGGCCGUAUAGUCCGUAUCCGCCGCCGCAGCAUCCGCAGCACCAGGGGCAUCAGAUGCAUCACCAGCACCAGCAGCCGCAGCAUAGUCCGCUGCAGCAUCAUCAGAGCCCGCAUCAUCCGCCGACGCAUCCGAGUCCAAGGCGCUAA